AUGAAGACUUCCAUCUCGUCUGAUGUAUGGGAGAAGAAGAAGGCGUUGAUCUCCAAGUUAUAUAUGGAAGAAGAAUGGCCUUUGAAGCAAGUCAUUAAGCAGAUACGUACCGAUGAUUUCAAUCCUAGUGAAACUCAACUACGAAGCAGACUGAAGAAAUGGCGAGUAACCAAGCCAUCCCGUCAGACUCGGAAGAAGAGUCUGGCUGAAGCCUCUGGAGAAGAGCCAGACUUGGACAAGGAUGCGAAGCGCAAAGCAUCGAUCAUCCAAAGACCACUGCCAUCAUUACCGGUAGAGGCACCAACAGGCCAUGAAUGGCCCAUGACACAACCCAUCUAUGGGCAACCGUCCACCCUCCAACAACCUGUCCCAGACCAGGACCGGAAAUGGAGCUCUCCUAUGAUCCAACAACUCACCCCAAGCCCCGCCGGCGAGCAUAUCCUCGUCCCAGGCCGCGCAACAGCCGUCUCCUACCCAAAUCUCAGCCCAAUAACAACAACCUUCGACCACCCCCAUACUUCCCCAGUCGGCGAGGGUCUCAUGCUGAACACCACCUCAGCCCUGACCCCAUCCUACCCAGCCUACCCACUCUCACCAGAGUCGUGCCUCCCAAGCCCAGGCACAGCAACGACCCCCGGCGGCAUUGGCUGGCCACCCCGCGCCGUCUCAGUAGACUACGGCCUCAACCCAUCUCAGUGGUACUCGCUGCCCUUUGAAGCCAUUACCCCUCCCGCCUCCGUCCCUCAGUCCACAGCUGCUCCCAUGGCGCCUUCAGUCAACGGCUACCUCCCCCAAGCCCAGCUCUACCAUCACUACCAUCACUACCACAGCGAGGCACCAGAGUACCCGCAUGGCUAUGAUGCCAAGAACUGGAAGCGGGCUAUGUCGUUACAGUAUGAUAUGGCCGGUCACCUGGCUGCUCGGCCCGAGCACGAUAGGAAGCAUAUGAUCCCCCAUACACAGCCUCAUGAUCAGACGCAUACUAUGGCGGCACCGUCUCAUACUCAGUCUGGUGGGCCUCAUUCCGUGAUGUGUGCUCCGAUCAUGCCUUAUAUGGGCCAUGACCAUUAUGCGCAGAAGCCUCCGGGCAUUGGAUACUAG